UUCAUUUUAAUGGCGUGAGUGUGUGAGGCGGUCGCAGACUGUACUAUCACAUACACUCACAGAACAACCCAAAAUUCAAAACCCUCUCUUUCUCUCUCUCUAGAAACCCCCAUUGCCGAAAAUCAAAUCCCCAAAACGACAUUGACAUACACGCAUUGAUCGUCUUUCUCGCACUGCAGCAAACACUCUCACUGAUCGUUUUGCGUGCUUCCGAAUCGUUUUCCGACGUGGGUUUUCGGAUUCUGAAUCUGGGUUGUCUUUGUUUUUCCUGAGAAAGUAUAUUUUUAUAUAUUUCUUGUUCUCUCACGUGUAUUGUAUAUUAUAUUAUAUAAAACUAUUUUUAUGUUGUAUGUUGUAUGAUGUUCAAACUAUCUGAGGAAGACAAGAAGGUUUUACAGAGGGAAGAAGGAGGAGAGCUGGAAAAGCUCUGGAAUGAGAAUCCCACCAGGAAUCAGCAUUAUUCCAGUCUUUUCCACCACCUUCAUCCCCCGCAUCACCGCCACCUUCUCGGCGGCUCUCCGGUGAGCAGAGCCUCUCUCCCGUCGGAGUUCUUUCCGUCGAGCUCUGUCUCAAGUGGGUUAUAUUCCUCCGAGGACGGUUCUCCGUCUCCGUAUUCAACCCCAUUUGAAGAGGCAAAGUAUCAAACACCUUACGUGAAUGGGUUGUGGCUGGACUCCAAGCCGCCGCCGGAUGAUCUGGGUUUGCCUGAGAGUUUCUAUAGGAUGCAUAUUGGGGAGGAACAGGUGGGUGGGACUAAAAGGAUGGGAUUUGAGAGAGGCCCGGAUGGGAUUGGACUCGGUGGUGGGUUUUUUGGGGGGAUUAGUCCUUGGAAUGCUGAAAACUAUGGCCUAUUUGAGAGUUCUAAGAACAAUGUUUCGGGUUUUGAUGGUUUUCAAUCUGCGGGAUUCGGCUGUGGAGGGAGAUGUGAUGGGAGCAUGGAGUCAGCAUUGCUUGGAUUGCAACCGAAAUGCGCUGUUGGCGAUUCAAUGGGGUCCUUUUGUAAUCGUAUGUACCCGAAUGCAUUGUAUGGGCCUAGUGGUGUUAAAAGAAUGGAACAGGGAUAUGCCUGGUAUCAGAGGAACCCAUCUAGUGCUAUGUCUCACCCUGAUGAGGAUUAUUUUAGCUUACUACAUGCAACGGGUUCUAAUGGCGGAAAGAGUCUUAAGCAUCCGAUGAGUUCCCCUCAGUUUCCCUCGGUUGAACAGUUGAAUGUGGACAAUCUUUCGCAUAACCAUUCAAUGAUAAAUCAAUGGACUAGAGUGAAUCCAACUAAUGGGGUUCCCGAAUCUUUCAAGUCCAUGAAUUGUGCAGGGGAACUUGAGGGUUACGGUUGCAAGGAUAGUUUGAUCAUGCAAGGAAAACAGUUGAAUCAUGCCAUCAAUAAAGGUAGCAAGUCUUCGAAGGGAUACAAGAACUCUUACACUAAGAUGGCAAUGCAGACAGGAGAGAAAAGCUCUAGACUUGAUCCCGAUUCAUAUGAUGGCAGAAUGAGUGGAAAUGAAUGGAGACAGAGUGACAAUAGCUUGUUUCGGUCAGUACUAAGUUUAAGCUCAUUGACCGAGGUCCAGGGAUAUAUAUAUUUCAUUGCAAAGGAUCAGUACGGCUGUCGGUUCUUACAAAGGAUGCUUGAUGAGGGGACCAGCCAAGAUUUGCAAUUAAUAUUUGACAAAAUAAUCAACCAUGUUUUCGAACUUAUGACGAACCCGUUUGGCAAUUACCUAAUGCAAAAGUUGUUGGAUAUGUGCAAUGAACAACAAAGAAUGCAAUUUGUAAUCAUGGUGACAAAAGAACCAGGACAGCUUGUCAGAGUUUCCUUAGACACACAUGGGACUCGCGUGGUACAGAAGUUGAUUGAGACUGUGAAAACUGGGAAACAGAUUGUUUUAGUUAAAUCGUCCCUUGAAUGCGGUUUUCUUGAUCUUAUUAAGGAUCCAAAUGGUAAUCAUGUGGUACAACGUUGCCUGGACUGCUUUAGCAAUGAAGACAAUAAGUUUAUUUUUGAUGCUGCUGCAAGAUUUUGUGUCGAGAUUGCAACUCAACGACAUGGAUGCUGUGUUCUACAAAAAUGCAUUGCACACGCCAUUGGUAGACAUCGAGAUAAGCUGAUCAAUGAAAUUUCAAGAAAUGGGCUUCUCCUUUCACAAGAUCCUUAUGGGAAUUAUGUUGUUCAAUAUAUCAUAGAGCUGAAGAUCCCAUCUGCAGUGGCCAAACUGACUAAUCAGUUAAAAGGAAAUUUCGUACGCCUCUCCAUGCAGAAGUGCAGUAGUCAUGUUGUUGAAAAAUGCCUCAAGUAUUUUGAAGAGAGCCGGCCAAAAAUCAUCCAUGAAUUGCUCUCAGUUCCACGUUUUGAUCAGUUGUUGCAAGACCCUUAUGCCAACUAUGUCAUUCAAUCUGCUCUUGGAGUUACCAAGGGCCCUCUUCAUGCUGCUCUGGUCGAAGCAGUUAGGCCUCAUACAAUCUUACGCACCAGUCCGUACUGCAAGAGGAUUUUCUCGAAGGACCUGAAGAAGAAGUGAUGUGUUUUAGCCUAUAUCGGCAAGUUUUUGUUGUUGUUUUCUAUGUUAAUUACUAAUAACUGCUCUCUUUUUGGAUCCUCUAGCUAAGAUACGGGAUGUUCGUCUAAAUCUCUUACCGAUCCCCAGAUGAGGAGUGCAAUUUUGGUUUUGGGAUGGCAUUAAGAAGUCUGAAAGAGUUAAAACAGAGUUUUGAUUCGAUAUGAUGCAGUUGCUUUUUGUAAUAUUUUGUUGUUCUUGUGUCUUUAUCAUAACUUUGAAGGUAUGAUAUUCCACUAUCGGAACUGUGGAUUUCUGAUU